AACAACAACAAUGACGACGACAACAACAAUGACAACAAGAACAAUAACAAUGACAAUAACAACAACAACAACAAUGACAACAACAACGACGACAAUAACAACGACAACAACAACAAUGACAACGACAACGACAAUAAUAACAAUAACAACAACAAUGACAACAGCGACAACGACAACGACAAUAACAACAACAACAACAAUGACAACAACAACAACAACAAUAAAAAUAACAACAACAAUAACAACAACAACAACAACGACAACAAUAACAACAACCACAACAACGACAACAACAACGACGACAACAACACCAACAACAACGACAACAACAACAACAAUAACAACAACAAUAACGACAACAACAACAACGAUAACAACAACAACAACAACAAUAAUGAUAGCAACAACAAUAAUGACAAUAACAACGAAAACAACAACAACGACAACAACAACAACAAUAACAACAACAAUAACGACAACAACAACAACGAUAACAACAACAACAACAACAAUAAUGAUAGCAACAACAAUAAUGACAAUAACAACGAAAACAACAACAACGACAACAAC